CUAAUCAAAUACUCAAGUGAUCGAUGCCGUCUCAUGAUCUCAUCGUGUCACCGAUGAUGGAUCAUCCAAUCCCAUCUAAUUAGAGAGCUUAGCUAGGCAGCGACCCAACUGAAAGAACCCUAUCAUGCACCAAGCAUGCAUGCUUCGCAAAUCGCUUUCGUCUCUACUUAUAAAUCUCACGUCAACCACCUCCUCUCCGUCGAUGCAAAUGGUUGGUUGGUCUGUUUGAUUGGUUUGGUCGAAUUGGUUCGCCAUUGCCAUGUCCUUGAAGCUGCCGGAGCGGCCGGCAGCUGCGGGUGGUGCUGUUCUUGGUCGCGAUCACCAUGUCGUCGCCGGCGGCGCCGCCGCCUGAGCUGAGCACAGGUGGUGGUGAUGGCGGCGGUUCGGUCGGCGUGCCCGGCACGGCGAGCUCCAACUUCACGCUGCUGUACAUCAUCAUCGCCGUCCUCGUCAGCGUGAUACUGUACAUGGCCAUCCGGUACGGGCGGGCGGUGAUGUCGGAGUGGAGGCAGUUGCAGCACGGUGGCGGCGGCGGGCGGCACCGGCACGGCGAGCCGCACGCCGCGCUGCUCGGGCUGAGCUCCGACGACAUCGACGCGCUCCCCACGUUCACGUACCGGGCGGCGGCGCGGGGGGCGGCGUCGCCGCCGGUGAUGGGGGGUGGCGGCGGGAGGAGGGGCGGCGGCGGCAGCGGCAAGGGGAAGGGGACGGCGGCGGCGAUGGUGGUGGUGGAGUGCGUGGUGUGCCUGCAGGAGCUGGCCGACGGCGACGUGGUGCGCGUGCUGCCGUCGUGCAGGCACUUCUUCCACGGCGGCUGCAUCGACCUCUGGCUGCGCGCGCACUCCACGUGCCCGGUGUGCCGCGCGCACCCGGAGCCCGACGGCGUCCGGCUGAGCGACGCCGCCGUCUCGCCGCCGCUGCCGCAGCUGCGCCGCUGCGGCCUGUCGCCGGAGCGGCCCACGGCGUCGCGCGUCCUGGCGGACAUCCUGGCACUGUCGUCGUCCCCGCUGAGAGGCAACACCACCUCGACCAGCGCCGCCGGACCGAAGGAGACGACCACGUCCAAGUCGCCAUCGCCGGUGCAAACGGCGUUCAACUACGUGGCCUCGCGUUCGCCGUCUCCCACGACGUACCGCAGGCUGAACGACCGGUGGUCGAGCUCGCCACCACCACCACCACAGCCGACACACAUGCCGGAGGUCGUGGUUGUCCGGUCGAAGUCGCCGUCGCCGUCGCCGGUAGGUCGUCUGAGUCGGCAGGCGUCGGCGGCGAGGGGCGUCGCCGUCGCCGGGUGGCUGCAAGGGGUGGAUGCAAGUGAAACCACGUCGGCAGCGGCAUCGGCAUCGGCAUCGCAGGUCGUGGCGCUGUCGAGGGAAGGUGGCCGAUCGCGGUCGCCGUCACCGUCGCCGGUGCCACAUUAAUAACGAGGCUGCAGAAGAGACGCCAGGAUAAGGCUAGCAUGACAGGGAAUUUGAUUUGAUUCUUCUCCUUGUUUUUAUUUGAUCUUCAUUUUAUUAGCUCUUCAAUUAGAAGCGUGUGUGCUUAGGUUUGCUCUCUAGUCACAUUGUCUUAUUACAUUAGAAAAAAAAAGAAAAUACAUGUAUACCAAGAGAAAAUUCCUCGUGUGUGUUUUGAGUUUUCCCUUAAUUUUCACUGAA